AUGAGGCUUACGGCACUCUUCCUCGCUAUCCUCUCGUCCACUCUUGCGCUCGCGCUUCCUACCGACCUGAUUCGCCCUCAGGAAUGGACCCCGGCAGCCAAUUCCACGGUGAUUUGCGACAAAGCGUCCGACAAGAUCAUCUCGUUCUACGUUGGUCCGCAAAAGGAACCCGUUCUACAAGCUGCUUGCAAGGCGAUGAUGCCGGCCUGUGCUUUCCCCGAAACCGAAGAGCUGUGCCCAACCGUUCUGGACUGGAAGCUCGAUGGACCCAAGAAUAGCACUCAGUCCGUCAAUGUCGAGGACGCGGAAACCAACAACAAGCUGAGUGGCUGGGAAGCGAAGUUUUCCGUCACCCCUGCUUCCACCUAUGGAGGUGCAGGUGCACUUGUUAUGUGGUCCAAGGCAGACUGCCACGGCUACUUCAAUCAACUCGUCUCGAACACUGCACCCAACGGCUGCCUCACGCAGAAGGGAUCGGGAACUGGUAGUCUCUGGGUCGGAGCCGCAUCCUCACUGACAGGCACGGAAUUCAAGAUCGAGAUCGUGAGGCGCACCUAAACCUUCCGCCGGAUACUUACUACAACUGCUGG